AUGCCAGGAGAUCCAGGAAAGAAGCGAGAAACCGUGCUCUUUUCCCCGGGCGGUAAGGAAGUCCAAUUAAGAACCGAGUUUUACUUUAUUCGAAACCGAGUAGUCAGGAGCAACUAUGUCCUCGAGAAGGCUGAGAGAGAUGUUGAGUUUGUCAAGGCCGACAUCGCCGCCCUGAACCGCUACUACGAAGAGUCGGACGCUCUGGCGAAACGGUAA